AUGCCAGCAGUGUUGGAUGCAAUAAUUUCUCUGGCCCCAACUUACAUCCAGUUCCCAUACAGACAUCACCAACAAGCCGAAAUUAAACGAGGAUUUCACGCCAUCGCCGGAUUCCCAAACAUAAUUGGAGCCAUAGAUUGCACCCACAUCCCCAUCUCCGCGCCUCUGGGUGAGAAUGAGGGGGAUUAUGUUGACCGUCACAACCGUCACAGCCUCAAUGUACAGAUGACCUGUGACCCCAACUGCCUCAUCACCAGUGUUGAUGCUAGGUGGCCCGGCUCUGUACAUGACUCUCGUGUGUUCAAUGAGAGCACACUCUGCCGCAGACUGCAGCAAGGAGACUUCAGUGGGGUGCUGCUUGGAGAUAGGGGGUAUGCUCUCCAGCCAUAUUUAAUGACCCCCUACCCUGAGCCUGACCCGGGACCACAGGCCCUGUACAACAGGGCCCACAAUUCGACAAGGGCCAGGAUAGAGCAGACUUUUGGACUCCUGAAGGCCCGCUUUGCCUGUCUGCGCCAGCUGAGAGUGGCCCCAGACAGGGCGUGCAAGAUAGUUGCUGCCUGUUGUGUGCUGCAUAACAUUGCAACAAUUAGGAGGGAAAGAGACCCACAGUUUGACCUUCAGCCCCCUGAUGUGGUGGACCCCAUCCACCUAGACUUUCCCACAGGCCGGGCAGUCAGGGAGGCCAUUACUCUGCAAUUUAUGUAG